AUGUUUGCAGUCAAAGAAGCCAUCCAGAGAGAAGUCGAUGAAGACGCUGAUGAGGCCGGUCGACCGGUCGAUGCUCCAGAUGAUCGCCGCGACUCCGGUUACGCGGACGAGGAGGAGAAUCUCGGAUCAUCAGACGAUUAUAUCACUAAACACCACAAAAGACGCCAGGGUAUAAGGCCAUUGAUUAGUAUGAAAGAUGUAAGAAGUUCGGAGGUUGGAGAAGGAAAUGUGUGUAAACUGGUCGAGGAGCUGAGGAAGCAGUAUCCCGAGCUGCCAGUUGCAAAAAGAAGCAGAAGACAAGCAAGCAUAUGUUCAACUCUAAAUGCUAUAGAAUCUGAAAGAUUAAAUUCAAUCAACCCUGAACGCAAAAGUACAUUCGAAACUAUCGACUCUCUGGAACUGGCCAAAGACUACAUUAACACAAAACUAGUUUCGCAAGUGACGACGACGGAUCAUGGUCGGCCCAGAGCGUCGACUGUGACCUCGGCGCACGCCUCAACGCCCGCGCUCUUUCGGCGUCUGUCGGUCAACACUCCUUAUAUACCGGAGACGACGAGGGAACGGGCGAAGAGCACGGAAGCAGACACCGACCAGCUCAUUCUCUCCAUAAAUCAACUCAAGACCUUCACUUAA